CAGGCACGCGGGUUUCCCCUCUCUGUGCAUUGAUUGUUGUGGCUCCUUGUCAUCCGGAGAAAGUUGGCCUCACAGUCAGUUCAUUUCAUCUAUCUGUAAUAUAAGAACCAGAAGUAUGGCGGAGUCUCAUGAGGACAAGCUGUACAAGGCGGAAUAUGCUAAAAGCGGCCGCGCAUCGUGCAAGAAAUGCAAAGAUAACAUCGCCAAAGACUCGCUGAGGAUGGCCAUCAUGGUGCAGUCGCCCAUGUUUGACGGGAAGGUCCCCCACUGGCACCACUUCUCUUGCUUCUGGCAGCGAGCAGCAGCUCAGUCCACGGCUGACAUCGCCGGGUAUUCUGACCUCCGCUGGGAGGACCAGGAGAAGGUCAAAAAGGCCAUUGAAAGUGGAGGAGCAACAGGAGGAAAAGGAGACCAGAAGAGUGGAGCUAAAGGAGAGAAGACACUGAAUGACUUUGCGGUUGAAUACGCCAAAUCGAACCGCAGCACAUGCAAAGGCUGUGAUCAGAAAAUAGAAAAGGAUCAGAUCCGUGUUUCCAAAAAAACCGUGGAUGCAGAGAAGCCCCAGCUGGGUCUGAUCGACCGCUGGUACCACACUGCGUGCUUCGUGAGCCGUCGGGAGGAGCUGGUCUUCAGGCCUGAAUACAGCGCUGCCCAGCUGAAGGGCUUCAACGCACUACGGGCAGAAGACAAGGAGGAGCUGAAGAAGAGGCUCCCUACUGUCAAAAAUGAAGGGAAGCGCAAAGCCGAUGAGGUGGAUGGAGCGUCAAAGAAACAGAAGAAGGAGGAAGAGGAUGAAAAGAAGAAGCUGGAGGAGCAGUUAAAGAACCAAAGCCAGCUGAUUUGGGGAAUCAAGGACAAGCUGAAGAAGUUUUGUUCAACCAAUGAUAUGAAGGAGCUGCUGAUUGCAAAUAGCCAGGAGGUUCCCUCUGGAGAGUCCAAUGUUGUGGACUGCCUGGCGGACGGCAUGGCGUUUGGUGCUCUCGAGGCCUGCAAGGAGUGCAAGGGCCAGCUGGUGUUCAAGGGCGACGCUUAUUACUGCACAGGGGACAUCUCAGCCUGGACGAAGUGUGUGUUUAAAACCGCAACACCCAUCCGCAAAGACUGGAUCAUCCCCAAAGAAUUCCAUGAAGUUCCCUUCCUGAAAAAAUUCAAGUUCAAGCGACAGGACAGGGUUUACCCAAAGGAGGCUCCCACCAAAAUUGUCACCACAGCCAAAGCAGAGCCCUUGGCGAGUGCGUCCCGUGCCCCGACUGAGAGACUGCCAGAGGGAGCACCUGCAGACAAACCUCUUACUGGUAUGAAACUUUUGGCUGUGGGCAAGCUGACGAAGAACAAGGAUGAUCUAAAGGCCGCUGUGGAGGAGCUCGGUGGAAAGAUCACCGGCACAGCAAGCAAGGCAAAUCUCUGCCUCAGCACCAAGAAGGAGGUGGAGAAGAUGAGUAAGAAAAUGGAGGAAGCGAGGGACGCCGGGGUGCGCGUGGUCUCUGAGGACUUUCUCACAGACAUCAAGUCGUCGGGUAAAGCCCUCCAGGAACUGGUCUCCCUGCACGCCCUCUCACCCUGGGGUGCAGAGGUCAAAGUGGAGGCGCAGGCUCCGUCUGUGGCCUCCAAGUCUGGAGCGCUGGCUACCAAGAGCACAGGCAGGGUGAAGGAGGAGGAAGGUGGAAGCAAAUCCAAGAAAAUGAAGCUCACAGUCAAAGGAGGAGCUGCGGUGGAUCCAGAUUCAGGUCUGGAGAACAGCGCUCAUGUCCUGGAGCAGAGCGGGAAGAUGUACAGCGCUACGCUGGGUCUUGUGGACAUUGUCAGAGGAACAAACUCCUACUAUAAACUGCAGCUACUGGAGGAUGAUGUACAGAAACGAUACUGGGUGUUCAGGUCAUGGGGCAGAGUGGGAACCACCAUCGGAGGCAACAAGCUGGACAAGUUUCAUGAUAAAAAUUCAGCCAUGGACAACUUUCUGGGAGUCUACAAAGAGAAGACGGGCAACGACUGGGGCUCCUCCAACUUCACCAAAUAUCCCAAUAAGUUCUACCCCCUGGAGAUCGACUAUGGACAGGAUGAGGAAGCAGUGAAGAGGCUGACAGCCACCGCAGGGACCAAGUCCAAGCUGGCCAAACCCGUCCAGGAGCUGAUCAAGAUGAUCUUUGAUGUAGAGAGCAUGAAGAAGGCCAUGGUGGAGUUUGAGAUUGACCUCCAGAAGAUGCCCCUCGGAAAGCUGAGUAAGAGGCAGAUCCAGAGUGCCUACGCUCUCCUCACUGAAGUACAGCAGGCUGUGUCAGAUUCUCUGUCUGAGGCCCACAUCCUGGAUCUCUCCAAUCGUUUCUACACGUUGAUACCACAUGACUUUGGUAUGAAAAAACCCCCGCUGCUCAACAACCUGGACUACAUUCAAGCUAAAGUUCAGAUGUUGGACAACCUGUUGGAUAUUGAGGUGGCGUACAGCCUGCUGAGAGGAGGAGCCCAGGACAAUGAGAGCGAUCCCAUCGACAUCAACUAUGAGAAACUCAAAACCAAGAUUGAGGUUGUUGACAAGACGACAGAUGAGGCUAAUAUUAUUAUGCAAUAUGUUAAGAACACACACGCUGCUACACACAAUACUUACACUCUGGAAGUGCAAGAGAUCUUCAAAAUUGUUCGAGAGGGAGAGCGCCAACGGUACCGUCCCUUCGAGGAGCUGCACAAUCGCCAGCUACUGUGGCACGGUUCUCGCACCACCAACUACGCUGGUAUCAUGUCUCAGGGUCUUCGCAUUGCGCCUCCAGAGGCCCCAGUGACUGGUUACAUGUUCGGCAAAGGUGUGUACUUUGCUGACAUGGUGUCCAAGAGUGCAAACUACUGUCACACCUCCCAGUCAGACCCCGUCGGCCUCCUGCUGCUGGCUGAAGUUGCCCUCGGCAACAUGCAUGAGUUGAAGAAGGCAUCUCACAUUACAAAAUUACCCAAGGGCAAGCACAGUGUUAAAGGUUUGGGUAGAACUGCUCCCGAUCCAGGUGCAUCUGUCACCUUAGACGGAGUGCAAGUGCCUCUGGGAAAAGGAGUCCACACUAACAUUGAUGACACAAGUCUCCUGUACAACGAGUACAUUGUGUAUGAUGUGGCGCAGGUUAACCUGAAGUACCUCCUGAAGACCAAGUUUAACUACCAGACGUCCCUGUGGUGAGACGGUUCGUGUUCGAAUCCUUUUCAGUCAAAACAAAGACCACUGUUGCCUCCAAAGGCCUCGGCUUCAAUCUCAGCAACAGAAGAUGUUUGGCAGAGGAGUGAUGCUGCACCACGCUUGACAGUGGACUUGGAAAUCUCUAGUCACUUUAUUGCUUUUUCAUCAGGUUUACUAACUGACAGCCUUCCUUAGUAACUCAUUCCUAAGUACAUAAAUGCUUCAGAGUAGAGACAGACAGAAAUCACAGCUCAAAAUAAGUGAUUGACACACGGUUCAUUCUCCAUAGAAAGAUUUUGGUUUAGAAAUGAAUAUCAAAAAGUAUUCAUAGAUUUCUUUCUCAUGUGGUUAUCUUGGAUUUGAGACAGAUCUAUUUCUUCAUUCUUUAAUGAACCUGUCGUUAAUGAGGCCUAGCACUGCAAGUUUAGAAGGUUUUCGAGUUGUGAGCAACCAGUCUGCAGACAUACACAAACCAGUAGCCACUAAGAGGAACAUUCUCUAGACUGUCGGGUUCCCAAAUACUGUACAAGGUUUGACAUGUAUAUAUUUGUUCUGUUGUUUGUCUCUCAAGACGUCUUCCUUGAUGAAAAUUAAAAAAAAAAAAAAAAAAAUGUGGUUAGUGUUAACGCAAAGUAUUCUGUAAAAGAAAGCCCGCCAUGUUGUGUGGUACACUUUUUCUUAGUGUUUUUCUCGCUUACCUCAAAUGCAAUAAAAAGUUAUCAAAAUUUUAA